AUGUCUGAAAGGACUCUGAGUCCGUCUGACCGUGUUCAGCAGAGUGACAAUCCCCCUCUCUUCUCUUCCCCUGCAGCCGAACCUGCUGAUCUCCUGAAGAUAUUUGAUUUCGCCAGUCUGCCAGAAGGUGUGACAAAAACAACUGGUUUCUGUGCUCACAGGAAGUCUUCCCAAGGACCUGAUGUGGCUUAUAGAGUAUCCAAAGAAGCUCAGCUUAGUGUGCCCACGAAACAGGUUUACCCAGACUCCGGCUUCCCGGUAGAUUUCUCCAUCCUGGCCACGGUGAGGCCAAAGAAAGGCAGCCAACCAUUCCUCCUGUCCAUCUACAACGCAAAGGGUGUUCAGCAAGUCGGCAUGGAGCUGGGGCGCUCUCCCAUCUUCCUGUACGAGGACCACACUGGCAAACCCGGCCCUGAGGACUACCCACUCUUCAGGGGGCUCCACCUGGCUGACGGCAAGUGGCACAGAGUGGCCAUCAGUGUUCAUAAGCAGACAGUCACUCUCGUUCUCGACUGUAAGCGGAAGUUCAGCAAAACUCUGAGCAGAAGUGAACACCCCAUUAUCGAUACCACGGGCAUCAUGGUGUUCGGAACCAGGAUUCUGGACGAAGAGGUCUUUCAGGGAGACAUUCAGCAGCUCUUGAUCGCCGAUGACCACCGGGCUGCCUAUGAUUACUGCGAGCACUUCAGCCCUGACUGCGACGUUCCUGUCUCAGACACCCCCCAGAACCAAGAGCCCAACUUCUACGAUUACGCACCUGAGGAUGAUGCCUACUACUAUGAGUACCCUUACUAUGAGGACAUGGACAAGAAGGCCACUGAGUCACCACCUCUUCCAGAAGUAGCAGGACUCCACAAGGAAGCGGUGACGGAAGUGGCGGCUGUCCAGGCCACAGCGGAGACGGACACGGAGGAGGGCGCCCCCUACGAGGCAUACGGGGAUUAUGAGACCUAUGAAGAUCCCACGGACUCCCUGGAUACGGGCAGCAGAGUGAUCAUCAGCAGCAGUGUAGGACAGGGCACGGGGGGAGUGGACCUGGGCAUGAUCGGCCUGGGCACCGGGCCUGAACUGGAGAAGACGAUUAUCACUGGAGACGGACACGCGUCAGUCACCAUCACGCAGAACAGCACAAGCGUGACUAUGGGAAAGAAAUGCACCUGCAGUACGGGGAGGAGGUCUACAGUGAAGCGCAAGCUGGAGGGGAAGCUACAGCUGUGGGGGCUGGAGGCAGUGAAGUUGCCACUGAAUCCAGUGAAGCAGCUGGAGCCAGUGAAGCUGCCACUGAAUCCAGUGAAGCAGCUGGAGCCAGUGAAGCUGAAGCUGAAAUUGGAGCCAGUGAAGCAGCUGGAGCCAGUGAAGCUGAAGCCGAAAUUGGAGCCAGCGAAGUGGGCAUUGUAG